UUCUGAGGAGAGACAAGUAGUUUUUUCACCAAGGUACUUUCAGCAGAACAGAACUGACGUUUGCUGAAACUUGGCCAUAUCAUCCCAUGACCUCACCUGUGUCUGACCUUCAUGGUUGGUUAGAUGUCCAACACCCUUCACAAAUUACAAAGUCAACACCAGUUAGAGGAAUGCAGACAUCACAGGACCCGCUGUCUGAGUUUCAGCAGUCAGAGAUCAAGGAGGGUUCCACAUCUAAAGAAAUCCAAGAAAAACCAGGACAAGGCAGGGAUGCCCAGAUCGUAGCCAGGGAAGUUGACAAUGAAGAAGACACAUACCACAGUAGCAGUACUACAAACUCUUAUAGGGAUGAAUGGUUUCGCCUGUUUGAGCGUGAUGACUAUCUACAGGUAGUUAAACAAGAGGGUAAGAAAGGCAGAUUAAGGAGCAGUAGAUUCCGAAGUAUCUGCUGGAAGAUCUACCUAGAAUGCUUACCUGAUGACAGAACGACUUGGCAGAAGUCUGUGAGGGCCAAUAGAAAGAAAUAUGAUGGCUUCAGGGAAAAGUAUAUACAGAGCACAAAAGAAGGACUGAUGGAUAGUGCACUGGACCCUACUCUCAAUAACCCACUAUCGCAGAUGGAAGAGAGCCCUUGGAAUAAAUUCUUCCAAGACAAGGAUUGCCGGACCGAGAUCAGGCAAGACGUGGUCAGAUGCUUUCCGGAGAUAGCUUUCUUCAAGAGCGAGAAGAUCCGGGAGAUGAUGGUGGAUAUCCUAUUCUGUUUCGCCAAGGAAAAUAGUCACGUGCUAUACAAACAGGGAAUGCAUGAACUACUAGCUCCACUGAUGUUUGUUAUACAUUGUGACCAACAAGCGUUCUUACAUGCCAAAGAAAUGGAAUCCCAACUAGUUGUUGGUCCAAAUGAAAGAGAUAUAGUUUCGGAACUAAUGAAUCCUGAGUACUUGGAGCACGACUCAUACACCCUCUUUUGUCAUCUGAUGGAGACGGCCGAGCCGUGGUUCCAUCAUGGCCAUGACUUCCCGCCCCCUCAGGGUGGUUUCGUCCAAUCAGAGCCCUUCUCCAAGCCGGAGGAGUGCAACCCGUCCUCUCCGUUGGUCAAGAAACUCAACAGGAUAAGAGAGGUCAUCCUCAAGAAGCACGAUUUUGAGCUCUACACUCACCUCAAUAGGCUAGAUAUACAGCCUCAGAUAUAUGGCAUACGAUGGUUGAGGUUGUUGUUCGGCCGUGAGUUCACAUUCCAGGAUCUGAUAGUAUUAUGGGAUGCUAUCUUUGCUGAUUCACCUAUGUUAGACUUGGUUGAUUACAUUUUUGUUGCUAUGCUCAUCAAAAUCAGGGAACUUCUACUAACAGCGGAAUAUGCCGACUGCCUGAUGCUACUAAUGAGAUAUCCUACAGUAGAUGACAUUCAUUACCUUGUCAAUAAGGCUUUACAUCUCAGAGAUCCAAAGAACAACCCCAGGCAGGCAAACUACCAGUUCCAAAUCUACGCCCAGAUGAAAACAGGUAACGUCAUCUCCACCACACGAGGGAACGUCACCGUCUCCAAGAAACCAACACCGGCUGGUGGGGUGGGUGUGGCCAAAAAAACUUCAUCGGCAGUCAGUCAGGGGUUUAAUAGUCUGAGGAGGAUCGGGAAGGGGGCCAAUGGUACCAAGGAUAAGGGGUCUAAAUCUAAGACAACAGAAGAUCUACCCCAUCCUUUGGCCCAGCCCUCUGAUCUCGUGACCGACAUUCAGAAGCGAGAUCUCAAGGUGCUAACCAAACCUAGUAUUGCUAGUAUGGAGACACUGAGCUCCAGUACAGAGGGUCUUACGAAGGUAGAGAAACAAGCACCUGUACAACCAAAGAUCUUUACUAAGCCAAGGAGUGCAAGCAAAAAACCUGAUCCAGAGACUGAACAGCAGCUAGCAGUAUUACAGAGUAGAUUCAAUGAAUUGCAAACGUUGUGUAGAUAUUGUGCGUCUAAGAUGGAAGCUCAUAUUUUCCAAAUGCAAGAUGGUUUGCUGCAGCUUAAUCUUGAGACAGAUGAUGAACUCUUUGUUUCAUUAGCUGGACUUAAACAGGUGAAAGAUAUUUUGAAUGGCAAGUUAAAAUUCACCCAAGGCCUCAUAGAACCUGAUGAAAUCAACAUCAAUGAUGAUCACUACUCACAAGGGGCGGAGUCAUUCACUCAGGAUAACCAAUCAGAGUCCAUCUUUCACAGUACCAAUAACAACAGCAACAGUGAUGCGCCAAUGAGAUCCAUCCAUGAAAGUUCAGGGGCAGGGCCUGAUAAUCACUCUAAAGAUUCACGUGUGAGUGACAGCUCCCAGCAGCCAACCACAGUCAGUCUAGGCACAGAGGGGGCGGAGCUACAGGAUAAGGCUUCUGUGAUUGGUCAGAGGAGUGUAAGGGUGAAUCCAUUCAACACAAAUGAAGUGAAAGAAGGGGAAUUUUUGUCUGGAGGACUUGAUGAAGAAGACAAAGAAAAUGGAAAUAUAAAGUGCAAUAGUCACCCCUUAUUUGACUCAUAACAGUCACUUUGAAAUUAACCCCCUCAAAAAUGUUGGACUGUGAUAGAAUACAAAGCUCUAUAUGUGUGAAAAUGAUGUAGAUAAGAGUUAAAAGGAUGCAUCUCUGUGAAGAAGAUAUUUUUUAUUUUGUCAAAAACAAAGAAAGGUAUGUUGUACAUAUAUUUUCAAAUGAAAAGAAUACUAUUUUGUAGUAAUAAUUGUGUUUUUGACAAUCUGUCUGUUUUUGACAUUCUAUCAAGAUUUCUAUGAAAGACCGUAGUCAUCAUUCAUGUACAUUUACUUGAAAAUAUUCCAAAUGAAGCAUUAUAAUGAUGUACAGUUUUAAAAAAAGCAUAAGUCUGUUCCAUAUUGCAAUCUCAGGGCGGUGUGAUUGCUCAAUUGGUAGAGCGAUGAAUUCAUAAUCUACUCCAGUAACCUGGAUUUGAUUGCCAUUUGGUGUGAAGGCAUUUAUCCACAGGACGUUAAAUCAUUAGUCAUCUGGUUGCUUGUUUAUAAUCAUUCAUGCUGUCUUAGCAAAAGGAAAAAAAAACAUCGUAUGGAGAGUGAUAAACUGAGGUAAAUACUGAUUUCAAUUAAAAAGAAAAAUUCAAUUCAAUUCAAAAUUUAUUUCAAUCAAUCAAUCAUAAAAAUACAGGUAUAUACAAAUUAGAUAAAAACAUGGGAGUGGGAGCCCCUGGAAGUUUUCAUUUAAAAAACUUGUGGGUGGGGCACCACCAUGAUACAAGUAAAUAUAAGACAUACAUAAAGAGUGAACAACAAAUAACAUUGAAAAAAAAGAAAGAUAGAUAGAGUAAAACGAAACAAUGGGCUAAUAUAGGGGAAAUAAACAAACAAACAAGCAAACUAGAAGUAAUAAUUAUAAAUCAUAGUGACCUACAGUGUGCUAUUGGCAGGAGUUUUUAUGAUUCAUCCAAGAAAAUCGUAAAUUACCUUUCUAAAGGGUGACUGAUGAUUAUGUCAUAGCAUUGAUUUCCUCGAUAACAUUUCACCCAAUGGCUGACUGAUCAGCUGUUUUGUAAGUUACAAGCAUCUUUACAAAAUACAGAUGAACCUAUCUUCAGCUAAAUCAACUCCAAUGAAAAUUUUGUAUCAGUUUCUACAAGAAAGGUCACCAGAUUUUCACAAUUUUGAGCAUAAAUUACAAAGAGCUUUAUGAAACAGGCUCCCUGGUUGGCAGUUUGCAACCAAAAUUAUUGGAUAGAUUAUGGAUAGUUGAUUUUGAUUCAUCGCUUGUCAUAUUGGCGAUUGUAAUUGUGGUGGCUGCCCUUGGUAUAUUAAACCUGUCAUCAAAUAAAAGGGAACUUUUACAGAUUUUUUUUUCUGCAUUUGUUUCAAACUUUUUGUUGAUAAUGUCUUCCUCUGCUUUAUGAUGAUAAUGAUAAUAAUAAAAGUAACGCCAUAUUUUCCCAGAGUAGCCCCUUCAUUUCCCAAAACUGUUUACCUAUCGGGUCCUGCUUAACAUGACAAUGAUGUCAUUACCCUGGCUUUAGCUGGACUGCCUAGGCUCUCAAGAAUUCAAGGAAUUUCUUCCUGUAGACCGGGUCCCCAUUUUCUACACUUGGCUGGAGACUGCUUGCCAAAGGACAGAAGUGUGGCUGUUGGUCUUGAAUCCCUGACCCUGUGGUGCAUAGUCCAAAGACAUAUCUACUUGUCCUCAAUGCCUCUUUCUAUUGAGCACCUGCUGGAUUGGGAUCCAUGUCUCGGUGCUGAGAGUGUGAUGGUAUACAGACAUGCCAACCAUUCCCUGUUUAGAGUAUUUGUUCCUCUUUUUUUGCUAUGAAUACGCCAAUACUUUUUUUGUACGAUUUGUUACUUUUUUUUUAAAUUUCCGAUCAUGGAAUAUCAUUAUACACAGCGCGCGAGACUAGCGCCGGUCCGACGGUCCCAGACCGGUAAAAAUCACUGUCUGGCUAGUAACUUGUUGCAUGUAAAGAACAAGUAAAUUUCUGCCUACGAGCACAUGUUUAAAAUGGUGAAUUAUCAAGUUUUCAAGUAGAGUCAUGUCAUGUUUUUUCACCGAUCUCACUACAACAGGCUGUUGAUUGUUACUUUGAGACAAAUUUUUAAAAAUACUCCUUUUUUGUCAAAGAUAAUUUUUUCCUUCUAAGAAUACUUUUUGUUGUUGUAGAAGGUUGGCAGGUCUGUAUAUACCUUCAUGUCUGUAGUCACAUCUUUCAUGCAGGAAUCCCAGAAGCGUCUUACCCCUUUCCCCGACAUUUACAUAGAACAAAAUAAAUAACGGAAUGUGGACAAACCUCUGUUUAAGGCGCAUGAUAUGUGGUCAACCAUGACAGAAUGGUAAUAUCUGGAACCGAGAGGUCCAAAGUCUGAGGUCCUGGAUUAGAAAAUGCACCCCUAAGAGUACUGAAAGAACAUUUUUUUAAUUGAUUUGGUUUUAUCUUGACAAGCAUAUUGAGAAAUCAUAUGAAGUAUUAUAUAUGGAUAUUUAGGGAGGAAAAUGUUUUUUUUUAUGUUUUGAAGCACAACAUUACUUGGAAAUAAAGUGUGUGAACUAACAAUUACCAACAAAUGAAAUUUACAAUGAGCAGUUGUUUCAUGAACCUGUUUGUAAUCAUAAUUUGUUGGUAUGAAUCUCAGCUUCCUUCUGCAGAAAAGCUAUUUAAUUUGGAAAAUAGUGUCUAUGUAUAUGAUUCUUUUCUUGUUCUUAAAUAUGUAAUUUUUAGUACAUUAUGUACUCAUUGUUCUCAUCAUGAAAACAUUUAUUUGUUCGUCAAGUCAACACAUGUUAUUGUCUGCUCAUAUGAACAUUUCAGAUGUUAAAAUCAAUGAAUUUCCAUUUAUGAUAUUUAUUACUUUGGUAGUGUUCUUGUGUGAAAGAAAUAGAGUGGAUCAGAAGUUAAUUGAGGUUGGACACUCUUGUUAAAGUGCUCCUCCAGGGAGCGGAGAAAGUGCAUAAAAGGUUUGCGGACAAGCCAGGAUCCAACCACCGGGAUGAAGGUGCUUAGAGAUAUUGUUGUGAUGUAGUAAGCAAUAUGUUAAAGUGAAAUAAUAUUAUCAUUAUUAAUCUCAUUGGGUACAUGAGAACCUUGAUAUACACUUUAAUGAUCCAAACGAUAUUUAUGAAAAAAAAAGGAAAAUAUGUAUUUGUUUUGGGGUUUCGUAUCACCUUUGAAAUGUCUUGAUUAUGAAUUCCGAUUAUGUACUGUUUGAUUACUGUAUAGUUAUAAUAUUUUUUUCCUCAUUCCAUCAUGUUCAUGUAUGUGUUAUCUAUGUUGAUAUGGGUCUUUAGGUAAUGUAACUUUUGUACACAAAUAAGUGAUGGCUUGAUAUAUGAACAAAAUACUAUGCAUUUAUUCAAGUUUUUAAUUUAGGGCAUUUAUUAUACCCCCACAAUACAACGACUUCUGUGCAGUAUUGAUUGUAGAGUAACGUCAAUGUGUAAGGGUGAAAUAAUUGGAAGAAGUUGCGUUAAUGAUUAUCGCUGUUUGCAGGACAAAUGAUUAUUUUGUUUUAUAAUAAUUAUAAGAUAUGCAUCAAGUGAUGUUAUCACUUCAAUUUACUAAAAUUUGUGCAAUGAUUUGAAGGAAAGUUCUUUUUCACAUUUCAUGGUAUUUGUUGCGAAUUGUUACCACUGCUAUAUAUAUGUGUAAUAAGUCGCCUUUACUGUCACUCUUCAGCCUAGUAACAACAUGUAGCAUACAGGCAAGGUUGUUAAAUAUAAAAAAAUACAUUGUUUAAAAAAAGAAGGUUUUAUCCAAAUAGCAUUCAUGCAUUCAAAAGAUUUUAAGAAUAUAUAUUAAACAAAACAAAA